AUGCCGCGGCCCGCACAUCCGCCCCUGUGCGAGACCGACACCGCCGCCUCGGACCCCUCUGCGCCAUCCCUCUCAUCGCCCCUGCCGCAGUCGUCGCCCGACCUCAAGGGGAAAGCUCGCGCCCUCGACACCGACCAUGGCCCCUCUUUAUCCAGCUCCGCCGCCGCCCUCUCGGCACAUGCCGGGUCAAACUCGCCCAUCGCCGGAGCCGCGCACUCGGCUUCCGCCGCCGUCUCGGCAGCCAUGGAGGCCCGCCUUGGCAGCACCUCGGACAAGACCAGCUGGAACUAUGUCGUGCGCAGCGGCCUCGCCGGCGGCGUAGCCGGGUGUGUGGCAAAGUCGGCCAUUGCACCUCUAGACCGGGUCAAGAUCCUCUUUCAGGCGCAGAAUCCAGAGUUCCAGAAGUACAGCGGUCGAUGGCUGGGCGUCUUCACAGCCGCGGGCGACAUUGUGCGCUCUCAGGGACCCAUGGCCCUUUUCCAGGGCCACUCUGCCACCCUGAUGCGCAUCUUUCCCUACGCCGCCAUCAAGUACAUGGCCUACGACAAGCUCCACUUCUACUUUAUGCCAACAAAGGAGGCCGAGACGUCGGCGCGCCUCUUUGCCGCAGGCGCCAUGUCGGGCGUCCUCUCGGUGUUUAUGACCUACCCGCUCGAGCUGAUCCGCGUCCGGUUGGCCUUUGAGACGAAGCGCAAGAGCAGCAAGGGAAGCCUGCGCCAGACGAUCCGCAAGAUUUACACCGAGGGCAGCACCGAAGCGCCCUUCAGCGGCGAUGCGAGGCGGAGAGCGGCCCGGGCGGUUGCAGCCAGUGCAGCCGCUUCUGCUUCUGCUGCUGCUGCUGCUGCUGGGUCGGCGACUGCACCAGCGACAUCGUCGGGCCUGGGGAAAACAGCAACGGGGGCGGCCUCUUCGAUGCAGAGCGCCUUCCACGCCGGCGGCGACCCGCAUGUCCCUUCGUCGUCGGUGCCGGCAGGGAACCGGCUGCUCUCACGCUUCCCACUGCUCAAGUUCUACCGCGGGUUCAGCGUGACGGUGCUGGGCAUGGUGCCCUACGCCGGUACGUCGUUCCUCGUGUUUGGGCGGUGCAAGACGACGCUGCAGCGCCUCUUUCCCCCGUCGGAGCCGGACUCGUCGGUGUCGGGAUCGAGGCGGCGCUGGUUCUGGCCGAGCAAGACGGUCGUCGACCUCUCGGCGGGCGCGCUGGCGGGCGCCAUCAGCCAGACGGCGGCCUACCCGUUCGAGGUGAUCCGACGGCGGCAGCAGGUGGGCGGCAUCAUCCGGCCGGGCGCCAUGCUCGGCAUGCGCGAGACGGCCGUCUGGAUCUGGCGGACGAGCGGGUGGAGAGGCUUCUACGUCGGCCUCAGCAUCGGAUUCCUCAAGGUCGUCCCCAUGACGAGCAUCAGCUUUGCCGUCUGGCUCGGCAUGAAGAGGCAGAUGGGCAUCUAG